UUCCUCUUCAGUCAUCGAUUCACUUUUUACAUUUUACAUUUUUACAGUAAUGAGAGAAAUAAGUUUAGUUUGUUAUACGGUAAUUUAGGUUUCCCAUAUGUGAUCAUAGGUGUUAAGGGAGUCGAUUGAAGAGAAUGACGGAUAGCCAGCAGCAGUUCUGCUUGCGGUGGAACAACUUUCAGGCAAAUAUCACCAGCCAGUUUGAAGCCCUUCGCGAUGACGAGGAUUUCGUCGACGUUACCUUCGCCUGCGACGGCAGACGUCUUCAGGCACAUAAAGUCGUACUUUCCGCCUGCAGUCCUUACUUCAAGGAGUUGUUCAAGACAAAUCCAUGUAAACAUCCGAUAAUCUUCAUGAGGGAUGUGGAGUUUGAACAUCUGCAGUCACUGUUGGAGUUCAUGUACGCAGGAGAGGUAAAUAUCUCUCAAGCUGAGCUGCCCACCUUUCUGCGAACCGCUGAAUCUCUUCAGAUCCGUGGCCUGACUGACUCUCAGAGUAAUCGACACAACAACGAAAAGCACUCAAAGACUAACAAUAUCCAUGCAUCAAACGGCAGUGGCCUGAUCUCACCAAGCUUGGAUGAUGAACGCAGUAGGACGCCUCCGGCAACGAGUCCGCCGCCAUUAAAAAGGCUGUGUAAACGAAGUGAUUCACCUCAAAACUCUAGUCCAAUAUCUACGCCACCCUCAGGCACCACCUCAACUCAACGUUCUCGUCCGCCAGUUGAACCUCAUGUUCAACUCGAUUACAAGGACCUUGACAUUGUGGAGCCAAAAAUAGAAUUACCAGAAUAUGGCAGCGAUGACGACUGCCCCAACAAACCAGAAAUCAAUGCAUUGCCAGGCGGGUUUCUCAGCUUGGAAGGAGGCAUGGAAGUACUUCCGACGUAUCCACCAUCUUAUCAAGGAAGCGGAAUCGACGGAGGAAUCGCAGGGACUUCGCAUGGGUCGGAGUUGAAUCAGGAGCAACAGGCUGACCUGCGUAAACUGCACUCGUUGGACCCGCGCCCCUGUCCUGUGUGCAACCGCAUGUACAGUAACUUGUCCAACCUGCGCCAGCACAUGCGCCUCAUCCACAACCCUCAGAGUGUCACAUGCCCUCUAUGUAACAAGCCAUUCAAGACCAAGCUCUACCUGAAACGACAUUUGGUCAGCUUCCACGAGCUCAGCAUGGCAGACAGACAACGACAAGAGGAAAUCUACCAGCAUCAAGUUAAAGCUCAUGGCCAGGGCUUGGGGCAGGUUCAGGGUCAGGGACAGGGACAGGGACAGGGACAGGGACAGGUGGAAGUUAAACCUUCUUUGACCGCCUCAGCUUUGCCUCCACGACUUCCUCCCGGAGAGGGUGGAGGUUGCGUGGUAAGCGCGAGUGGCAAUGCUACUCUUGACGCUAAACCGAGCGGAGUUUAUCAGGCACAGGUUGCUGAUAGUUCUUAUAUGAUGGAGGUGGCUCAAAUUGGUGAUUCCAAGCAUUUUAUUACCGGAAUGCAAUUCAACGCCACACAUCACUAAUGUUCAAGUUCUAUUUAUUUUACUCUAUUGCCCAGUAUAAUUUUGUGAUAUAGUUAACACGUGAAAAUUAACAAUUUAUAUUUACUUUAGUGGUCGUAUGAUUCAGUAGGAAACAUACUGAAUAAACAGAACGACAGAUAGGUAGGAAUUAUGUGACUGCGUAAGGCUGAUUCGGUAUUCAGCUAACGGGAAGUAGACGUAAACAUAUUUUACACUUCAAAUAUCACUUUGGGUGAGUAACCAUUCGUCAUUUCUAUUCCAAAGUUUGAUGAACUAUAACUAGCCGUUUUACUUUAUUAUUUUAUUACCGAGUAUAGAUCAAAAAUCAAUUUCAUACCUUUUGUACAUAAAAUUUUUCCACUCAUCCCCUGUAAAUAAUGAUUACGUCUAUUCUACCCGAUACUAAGGGAGAGAGCGACUAAAUCCCCGCAGGUGGAGCGGCCACCCCACCUCGUACUGAUAUUUCCGCAACCGGAUACUUGUUAUUUUAUUUAAUGCUAUACAGUGUUAUACAAACUACAGAUAUUUACAACAAUAUUAUAUUCUUACAGAGAAUUAUAUUUACUUUAUAUUAUUGCAGCGCAAUGUGCAAUAACAUAGCUCGUACAUGAUAUAUUUUUCACAAAUGCAUACAUUGCAAUAUACAGCCAAUCAGCAGCUCAACAGAGUAAUAGUAUUUAUCAUUAACAGUUAUCUACAAACCGUGAUUGCAACAAUGCAGCUAAUUCGAUUAAACGAUGCAGUAGGAUGGGUUUACGCUACUUUUUGUGCUCUGCUCUAAAAAUUAUAGCAAUCUUUUAUCUUUUUCUUUUUCCUCAUGAAGUCGUUGAAUAGUUAUUUGGUACUUUCACAAAAAAUUUUUACAACCAUUUAUUCCGUAACAUUUAUCAAUGACCCCUGAACCAAGUUUUGCUUUUUCAAAUCAACAGCAGAGGUUGGGCAGCGUACACCCAUUUUAUGCAGCUCCAUAACCAUAGUACCACACAGUACAACUCAGGAUCUUUUAUAUUAUAUUUUACAGUUGACAAUAGUUCCAUAGGUAUAUCUUAGGGCAAUUGACUCUAGCAAACGUGCCUAUUAGCUCAUUUAUUAGGCUUGCAAUGCCUUAAGGGAUACCAGUAAAAUAACAGGCUCUUUACCUCACAUACAAUCAAAUUACUAAACAGAUGCAGCUAUUUAUAUUACCAUAAUAUAUUUACAUACAACAGUUUACAAUAGCGCUGAUAAGUUGCAACAACUGCAACUACACAGAUUAUAACUGAUAUUAUACAAUACAAACGGUUUUUAUUAUCCGCUGUUAUUACAUUGGUAAGCAAUUGCAAUGUUUUUUUUACCAUUUUAAUAUAAUAUUAAAAUACAUUUUUAAAUCUAAAUGUAAAAGCAACUUUCAGUUACAAUACACAUAGAUGCCCAGCAUUACGACAAUUAGUAAUGGAAUAAGAUUAGAUUAUAAAUGUUGCAUAUCAUAUUAUAAAUAUUGUUAUACAUUUACCAAGCAGUGUUACAUUGGCCAAGCCUCGAGCAUCGGAUCCCAUUAUAUUUAUUUUGAGAACAUAAUCAAACCUGAUCACUUUUUCGCGCUUCUGAUAUCACUUGUAAAGCUUUCCAAAACCUUAAAUUUCUCUUGACUCUUUUCUGAUAACCGUUAGACCAUUCUUAAAUCGAAUAAAAUCAAAGCUUUAUUUAAUUGUCGAGACAUUACUCUGCCUAUUGCCUACUACAUAAUUUUACUGUUAAAAAGUUGGACAUAUCGUGUUUUGUAUGUACAUAAUGUUGUUUUAUAUGAUUUCUAUAGUAUCAGAGACCACUUUUCAUUAUAGUUUUCCUACAGUUUGAAGGACAGUGAAAUCAUUUUUAUUUUUCCUAUUGCUCGAGGCCUACAAUCAGUUCUGUAAAAGUGUGUUACAGAACUUCAUAUAAUUAAUAAUAGACUUCAUUAGACAGGCUGGUCUUCGCUGGGCAUUAAACCGGUUACCUAGUUAUAUUACAUUACAGAUUCACAUAUACUGUUAUAUACAUAUUGGCCGUGCCUCGAGUUCUGACUAAUGUCCUCGACCAUGACAAAUUACGGCCGAAAUGAAAAGAAAGAAAAAUAUGUCAAAACAAUAAGAUUUUUGGUUUUUUUUUUUUUUGGUCAACGUUCGUGACCGAAAUUUGUUAUUUGGGACAAGAGGCACUUGCUAUAUUUAUAUCUCCAUCCAAAAUAUAAGUUCUGUUCAAUAUGGUAUAACAAUAACGGUUUUAUCAAUUAUAUAAUGAUUAUAAAGCAAAAGAAUUAAACAUUUUGGUUAGAGAAAAUUUAAUUGAACUAACAAUAAGAUGCAAUGAAUUUAUUCUGUCAUUUUAAUUCUCAACAUUUCUAUAAGGCUAAGACUGCGACUAUCGAUUAUAUGUUCAAUCAACAAAAAUGUAUCACCCAUUUAAAAUUUGGUGUUAACAAAAAUUAAUUUGAUAGUUUCAUUUCGACAAGCUGCGCUAAACGUUCGUUUCAAUAGACAAGCCAGUAUAUUCCAUGACUACAAUGACCUAUAUGUUGUACAUAUGUAAAUUUCUAUCAAUUUGUAUUCGCUUUACAAAAUAUGUACGCAAUUGACUGCUGCUAUACUUUAUACAAAGCGAGCAGGUUUUUAAAAAUUUGAACAUUGCGCAUAUCGCAUUUCUUAAAUUUUUUAUUCUGGCAUUUUCGAUAUUUAUUGAUCUCUGACUAUUCCUUUUAACUUCAUUAUCGAUCACAAAGUCAGUAUUUCCAAAGUGCGGACUAUAUCCAAAAGCUGAUUUUUUUUUUUUCUUUUUAGACUCUAGUCAAUCAGCAGUAAAGCAUUUUAUCAAAACUUGAAAUGUAAAGAAAUCAUUCAACAACAACCUCAUAAGAUAUAAGUAAAUCGUUGAAAUAAUGUUUCCACACGAAUUACCAGCUAAUGGUUAUUUUUCUUCUAAUACUGCACUUCAAUGACGGCAAGCGCUGCUUAUAGUUGUGAGACUGAUAAGCCAUAUGAUUCGGCAAAGAAUAAGAUAUUAUACCUUCUAUUUAUAGGCCUUAAUGAAGAGUAGAAAGAAGUUGUUCACUAUUUAUGGAAUGACGUCUUUGAAAUCGUAAGAAUAAACCGCAAGUUCACGAUCGUUUUCUGCGUACGAGGAAACCAUUCGUCAAUUUUUCGGAAUCAUCCUAAAAUCAUUUCACCCACGCAUACAAUUGAAAAAAUAGAUAAAAAUGAUUUUCAAUCAAUAUGUUGUGAUCUCUUGCCGGUACUCGUAAACUAUCGAAUAAUUUUUUUUUUUUUUCUUAUUCAAAAACAAAGAACAAAGAAUACACCAUACUUUCGACUAUUAAAUGUACUUGGUAGCGCUAGAUUAAAUGAUAGUGAUGCAACCCUAAAUUAUACACUAAAAAUAAGCUGUAAAUAGUAGCGUUUUAACAAACGUUUCCAGUAUUGAAUUGGUUUUUUGAAAUAGUCAGCUAUACGUUACGAUAAACUACAUAAUAAUAUUUAUUCUAAAUAAUAAUUGCGUAACAAGGUAUACAUACAUAUAAUUUCAUCUUAUUUACGUGAAUAGAAUUUUAACUAGUUAUAAACCUACUACCCCUAUGAAUAAUCGUAACAACAAUAAUAAUAAUAAUGAUAACGAUAAUCCUAAUUAUAAUUAUACGGUAAAUAUGAUUAUAACAGCAACCACAAUAAUAAUAAUGAAACUAAUGAAUAAUAUUAAUGAUAAUAAAUAACUAUAACUUUUAAUAUUAUAACAAUAAAAAAGAAAAAACAAUGAGCAGUUGAUUAAGUGUGACUGACGUGCAUAUUUACGUCGGUUUGGGGCUAAAUAUAUCUGAAUAAGCAAUGUUUAAUUUAUAUACACAUACCUAGAUACAACGGUGCCGAACUCUGGGUGGCUAACAAGUUUGAAUUAGAAAUUAGGAUUUAAUCAUGAUUCGAGACGAUUUGGGUAAUUUGAGUAAACCGGAAAAUGAACCCUAAUUGGUAACAAUCUUUCUUCACUAAUGUCAUAUCGUAGGCCGGCAUAUAAAUUUCGCUUAUACAGACUACCAAUUGCGGAGGCCUCGAUCAUGCCUAAUGAAGAAUUUUCUGUUUAGUCAACAACAAUUUCGUCGAUAUUGAAACUAACACCACAUAAGCCAUUGUGCUUGGCUUUUUCUCGUACUUACUUUCAUACUCAGUUAUACACCCAGACUUGCAAUUGUACUAAAUUUUCAUUAAAUGGUAUAACUACAUUAAGGAGAUUCAUGUAAAUUGGACGGAGGAAUCUAGCACAUCGUUUUUAUAGAAACUGGGGAACUGGAAUUGUAUCAAACAAUUGUGUAUUAUCAUUCUGCGGUAUAUCGAUAGUGAUGAUAAAAUUAUGGCUUCAAACCCAUUAGGGCCAUAGUUCAUAAUCAAUAACACUAUUUGUACGAACCGGGCUUUUGGAAUCCUCCUUCUGAUUUUGCUUGGACUCGAAUCAUCUGACUCGUUCAUUAAAACGUAUACAUAGUUAGGUUACAUAGAUUAUUACUAUCACUAUAAUUAUUAGUAUACUUUUUUUCGACUGUAUAUAUUUUAAUACGCCGAUAUAGAUUUGUUUGUUAUUUGAAAGUGGGAUACUAGAUGUUAUUUUGCCAUAAUCCUCAACCAAAAUAAUAGGUUUUUAACUUACGUGUUUUUAUAUUGCGUUGUUCUUUACGUUGAUGCGGCAUAUAGUAUUAUAGUGCUAUGAUGUGCGAUAGCAAUGUUCCUAUUUCCCAUAUUUUAUGCUUAUGUUUUGUAGCAGCAUUUUGAAUAAUAGAUGACAAUAUUUUAUUAGCUUAUUUUUCUUUAUUUCUUCACUAAAAAGUGUGAAAAAUUAUUUAAUUUCCCUGUACGAUGAUAUAAUAUACAUAGUGAGAGAAGAUACUAUGGGUUACAAUGGUAACGAUAAUUUUCUUAACGAUGAAUAACUUAGAUCUUAUUCAUCGUUUAGGUAUUUGUACAUACAUAUAAGAAAAUUGCACUCACAGUAUUUCGUGCGGCGUACAUUUAAGAUUAACAGAAAAAAAAAGAAGAAAAUAAAAAUAAAAUAAAGUAAAAAUAUAAAUAAAUAUAAAUAUAAUCAGAUUCACACUACAGGGUUCAACAGAAAUGGUUCUAGGACGCCUAAUUAUUUCUUUCCAUUAGCUCAGAUUGAUAUUUUAUCGUUAUCUGUCGUCACCCUGCUUUUAACUAUUCGAUCAUGUGCUCCAGUUGUAUUGUUGAAGAAAAAAAUUGUCUAUUCUUGCGUUUAUGUAAAUUGUGUAACGAUAUAAUAUAAAUUCUGGUAACUUUUAUUAUUGGUCAGUAUCCCAUGUUAAUAAAUAAUGAGAUACCUUAUUUCCUGAACCCUGUAAUCGUCUGCUUAUAUCGUAAUAGUAUUUAUCUACACAUAUUACUAUAAUACCUAAACAAUUCAUAUUAAAUAGAAACGGUAAUCACUUAUAAUUAAUAUACUCGAUUUGAGUUCAUGUAAAACUCGCUUACUUUCGAACAAUGAAUAGAAUGUAUUUAAAAAAACAACAAAAAAAAAAAACAAAAAAAAAAUUAUGAACAUGAACGUUUUAUUCAAUUAUUAAUAAAAAUAAAAUGUCUACAAAACUGUAUCUCUAUAAAAAAACGAAAAAAAAAAACAAAAAAAAUAAACGAAUCAAAUCAAUAUUUUCAUUCCAUAACUAUCAUUUUUUUUUUUCUUAUUUUUAGUAAUUCUAUAAUGACAGUUAUUAGCUGCAGACUCAUAUAUUCAACAGGGUUGUUACAAGUUUCCUAAUAUUGUGGAACUGGUGGGAUUAAUUUUUAUAAAAGAAUUUUAUCGAAAAUCUUAUAGUGAGUCAGAACUCGUGAUUCUAAAAUUGAUUAGCCUCGAACAUGAAAGAUACAAUGUGCAGAUAUCAAUAGGGAUUCGCUGAUGAAAAAAAGUGUUACAAAUUUCUGGCAAAAUCGUUGAUGAUGAUAUUUGAUUUGAAGAAUCUGUCACACGCCAAGUUUUUUUUUCUUUUUCCAAAUAUUUGUAACAACCCUAUCUCAAUGACUAUACAUAAUUGCGUUUAAUAAUCCGACGCGAAGAGUGAUCAACUUCAGCAAUUUCAUAUAAUAAUGAUUCAAAGAUUUUUUUUCGUUUCAUAUCCGGAUGAAAGGAAACAGAAAAUAUAUAGGUACAAGAAUCGGUAAUCGUAAAACUUGAAAGAGGAGAAAAAAUCAUUGGAUCUCAAUUCCAUAAUUUUCCAUACGGUGAAAAAGUGCGAAUUUACGUAUACAUGAGAUAUAUCUUUUUCGAUUACAUUCGAAUGAUUCACCGUUAUGGUAUCUUAUGUCGUUAUUAACGAUUCAUUUAUUUUUUCAAAAUCGCUGUUCGAAGCAUGUAGUUACAAAACUAUAUAUCUUCUGACUUUCCUGCGUAAUCUAAUUAAUAUGGUUUAAUUUUUCUUCACGGUAAAUGUUUAGUCGUAUAUUAUAUUCACCCUGCAAUAUAGGACUGUUUUUGUGCAAGUGAUUUCUUGUAAACUAUGAUGAUUUCGCGACUGCAAUUGGGUAUACCGCAGCAGAUUUAUCAAAGUCUGUAUCACAAUAACGUACAGGAUAUCGUGCGAUACAAAAAUUCCUUUUCGUUUCUUGUGUAACAAUCACCGAUAAUUGAUGAAAUUUAAUGUUGAAAAAGAUACAUUGAACACAAUAUAUAUUAUAUAUAAAUAA